AAAAUGAUAAAAAUGAAAGUGCCUGUCCUUUGGAGAAAGUAAACAAACGGGAAAUUACAAAAAGUCCAUUGAACGAAUUGGUGAGAACAUCAACACCUAAGACAUCUACUGCAGAAAUGGACACGUUGAUGGAAGUGAACGGUCAUCGCGUGUCAGAGUCCACUGUCAGAUUGGAACGUAAUGAUCAAGCAUUUUCAUACAAAUGCCACAGAAAUGAAAGAGCCUAUGCUUUGGAGAAAGGAAAUAAAAGUGCAAUUACAAAAAGUCAAUUGAGAGAAUUGGUGAGAAUACCAACACGUGAGACAUCCGCUUCAGAAAUGGACUCUCCUUACGGUCCUGACACUUCUGGAGUCCCAGAUACUCUUGAUGGUCCGGACACCCACGAUGGUCAGGACACAUGUGAUGGUCCAGAUACUACCACUCUUUCAGAUCAUCCUGAUGGUCCGGACACCCCUGAUGGUACAGACAUUUCUGAUGGUCCACAUAAUCCUGAUGGUCCAGAUAUUCCUGAUGGUGCGGACACUCCUGAUGGUCUGGAUAUUCCUGUUGGUUCAGAUAAUCCUCAUGAUCCGGACACUCCCGAUGGUCCAGACACUCCUUACAGUCUGGGCAGUUCUGAUGAUCCUGAUCGCUCUGAUGUUCCUGAUGCUUCUGAGGGGCCCAGUACUCCUGUUGGUCCCAUAACUUCUGAUGGUUGCAGUACUUCUGAGAGAACCCGUGUUUCUCAUGGUCCCAAUGCUCAGGAUUGUCCUGAAUCUCCUGCUCCUCUUGCUGCCCUUCUGGAUCGUGCUGUUUCUGUGGAAGCUGAGGUUCCUGCCCCUCUUUCUGUUCCUGCUGAUGUUCCCGCAUCUCCUAAUGCUGCUGACUAUGAUGAUGAAGAACAUGCUCUACAAGUUGUAAAAGUCGUUCCCACAAAGGAGAAAAAUGAUAAAAAUGAAAGUGCCUGUCCUUUGGAGAAAGUAAACAAACGGGAAAUUACAAAAAGUCCAUUGAACGAAUUGGUGAGAACAUCAACACCUAAGACAUCUACUGCAGAAAUGGACACGUUGAUGGAAGUGAACUUUCAUCGCGUGUCAGAGUCCGCUGUCAGAUUGGAACGUAAUGAUCAAGCAUUUUCAUACAAAUGCCACAGGAAUAAAAGAGCCUAUCCUUUGGAGAAAGGAAAUAAAAGUGCACUUACAAAAAGUCAAUUGAGAGAAUUGGUGAGAAUACCAACACGUGAGACAUCCGCUUCAGAAAUGGACUCUCCUUACACUCCUGACUCUUCUGGUGUCCCAGAUACUCUUGAUGGUCCGGACACCCACGAUGGUCUGGACACAUGUGAUGGUCCAGAUACUACCACUCUUUCAGAUCAUCCUGAUGGUCCGGACACCCCUGAUGGUACAGACAUUUCUGAUGGUCCACAUAAUCCUGAUGGUCCAGAUACUCCUGAUGGUGCGGACACUCCUGAUGGUCUGGAUAUUCCUGUUGGUUCAGAUAAUCCUCAUGAUCCAGACACUCCCGAUGGUCCAGACACUCCUUACAGUCUGGGCACUUCUGAUGAUCCUGAUCCCUCUGAUGUUCCUGAUGCUUCUGAGGGGCCCAGUACUCCUGUUGGUCCCAUAACUUCUGAUGGUUGCAGUACUUCUGAGAAUCCCCGAGUUUCUCAUGGUCCCAAUACUCAGGAUGGUCCUGAAUCUCCUGCUCCUCUUGCUGCCCUUCUGGAUCCUGCUAUUUCUGAGGAAGCUGAUGUUCCUGCCCCUCUUUCUGUUCCUGCCGAUGGUCCCGCAUCUCCUAAUGCUGCUGACUAUGAUGAUGAAGAACAUGCUCUACAAGUUGUUAAAGUUGUUCCCACUAAGGAGAAAAAUGAUAAAAAUGAAAGUGCCUGUCCUUUGGAGAAAGUAAACAAACGGGAAAUUACAAAAAGUCCAUUGAACGAAUUGGUGAGAACAUCAACACCUAAGACAUCUACUGCAGAAAUGGACACAUUGGUGGAAGUGAACGGUGAUUGCGUGUCAGAGUCCACUGUCAGAUUGGAACGUAAUGAUCAAGCAUUUUCAUACAAAUGCCACAGAAAUGAAAGAGCCUAUCCUUUGGAGAAAGGAAAUAAAAGUGCACUUACAAAAUGUCAAUUGAGAGAAUUGAUGAGAAUACCAACACGUGAGACAUCCAAUUCAGAAAUGGACUCUCCUUACGGUCCUGACACUUCUGGUGUCCCAGAUACUCUUGAUGGUCCAGACAGCCACGAUGGUCUGGACACAUGUGAUGGUCCAGAUACUACCACUCUUUCAGAUCAUCCUGAUAGUCCGGACACCCCUGAUGGUACAGACAAUUCUGAUGGUCCACGUAAUCCUGAUGGUCCAGAUAUUCCUGAUGGUCCGGACACUCCUGAUGGUCUGGAUAUUCCUGUUGGUUCAGAUAAUCCUCAUGAUCCGGACACUCCCGAUGGUCCAGACACUCCUUACAGUCUGGGCACUUCUGAUGAUCCUGAUCCCUCUGAUGUUCCUGAUACUUCUGAGGGGCCCAGUACUCCUGUUGGUCCCAUAACUUCUGAUGGUUGCAGUACUUCUGAGAGUCCCCGUGUUUCUCAUGGUCCCAAUGCUCAGGAUGGUCCUGAAUCUCCUGCUCCUCUUGCUGCCCUUCUGGAUCGUGCUAUUUCUGAGGAAGCUGAGGUUCCAGCCCCUCUUUCUGUUCCUGCUGAUGUUCCCGCAUCUCCUAAUGCUGCUGACUAUGAUGAUGAAGAAUAUGCUCUACAAGUUGCUAAAGUCGUUCCCACUAAGGAGAAAAAUGAUAAAAAUGAAAGUGCCUGUCCUUUGGAGAAAGUAAACAAACGUGAAAUUACAAAAAGUCCAUUGAAAAAAUUGGUGAGAACAUCAACACCUAAGACAUCUACUGCAGAAAUGGACAAAUUGAUGGAAGUGAACGGUCAUCCCGUGUCAGUGUCCACUGUCAGAUUGGAACGUAAUGAUCAUGCAUUUCCUUACAAAUGUCUAAGAAAGGAAAGAGCCUAUCCAUUGGGAAAAGGAAAUAAAAGUGCAAUUACAAAAAGUCAAUUGAGAGAAUUGGUGAGCAUACCAACACCUGAGACAUCCACUGCAGGAAUGGACUCAAUGAUGGAAAUCAACAGUCUUUCCGCAUCAGAUUCCACAGUUGGAAAGGAAAACAAGUAUAAAGUAGUUCCAUACAAAAGGCUAAAGGAAGUCAAUAAUAGUGAAAAUGAUAUAACUGUAAUAGGAAAUGAAGAAAUGGAAAAACAUAAAGGUUUCUUGCACUUAAAUUGGAAACUAGGAACAGCACAUAAGAAACACAUUAAAAGGAGUGAGCCCCCCUGCCCUCUGGCAGAAGAAAAGAAGAGUGAAAACAGUAAGUUCACUACAUGGGAAUCCGUGUCUGCAUCAACCAGAGAAAGGUCUCCUGCUGAAACGGACACUGCGCAGCAAGCGCAAGUUGACGGCAGUCACGUGCCUGGUGACCUACACCACACCGGGAGAAGGGCUGCCGAGAAUACAUCUACCGAACUCCACAAGGUGGGCGAGAGAGUUGAUAGAAGGAGCAGACGAUUUCACUCAUUCAGCAUAAACAACUUCAGACGCCUUAUCUUCUUCAGGUCCUACGAGGUCCUCUGAAGUCUUUGGUGUUCAAUUGAGAACUCAAGUCAUAAUCCUCCUCCACGUUUAAGAAGAACAAAAUACAUCUUUGCAUUUUGCAGAAACACUUACUAAGAUUAAACAUAGUGAUCUUUUAUGAUUACUUUAAUUACA